AGGGCAACACUGAUUUUUCACGCUUUUGUGUUUUUUCUGCGAAAUCUUGAAGAAAAAAACGGGCUGCGUAAAAUGUGAAAUUUCAACAGAUUUAUUAAAUAAAAUACAUUAAAAAAACGGAUAAAUUUAAGAAAAUCUUAGAAAUAAAACAAUUUCCAAUGCGUUUACAUAAAAAUUAAAGACAAUUUAUGCACAUCACAACAAAAACAUCAUUCCUUUAAAGCAAAUUAAGAAGAAAAUAAUAAUAAAUAAAUGUACAAGAGAUUGUUUGGGGGAUCACACACACACUAAACAACAACUAAAACGAUCAACUAAAAAAAAGCCAAAAAGAAAAUAAUAAAUAAAUACAAAUAUAAACAACAUACUGCUUGCUGGCUGAAUUGUGUCAAUCUUCUAAAAGAAUUUAUGUGUAGGAGUAACGUCAACAACUAACCAAGCAUACCCCACAUACACAGUUGAUGAUUCCUAUAAAGAAACUAAAGCACUAAAGCAUCAACUAUAAUAUUAAGAGCCAGACAGGCGUGUAUAGACGGACAGACAGAUAACUUAAAAAAAGAGGAUCAAAUCUUGGAAGAAAAUAAAUUAAUAUUCAAAGAGACACACACUCUUUUUGUGCUCUUACUCUUGUAAUUUGUUUUUUUUCUGUGAUUUGGAGUGGCAGCAACAAAUAGAAUGGGUGGCAAUAGUACGGCUGCCUUUAGCAUUGGCGGUUACAUUGGUGGCACUGGUGGCAGUAGUUUAGGUGGCAGUUCUGCUGGAGCUGUAGGCGGCGCUGUUGCAUCCGAUUUAAUACCAAGUACUAGUAUGUUAAAUUCAAACUCUUCCGGUAUACCCUAUGCGAGUGGUACCAGCUGGGAAGAGUUUUCCGAUCGUCAUGCUCGUGUGGCCGCUGCUGAUUUUGCCAAAGCUUGCAUCAAUUACAUAAAUGGCAGCUUUACGGCCGAAGAGGCACGGAAUCUAUCGCAUCGUAAUUUUGGUCAAAAGUUUUUGGAAUCAUUUGCUGAACAUUAUGAAAAGGAAUUUUUUCGUAGGCGUAAUAAUUUAAAGGUUGGCAAUGGCACAAUUGAAGAAAGUGAUUACUCCGAAGAAUCACCAAAAAUCUUUCAUAAAGCCUUCUUUCGGCGUCUCUCCUUUAAAGGACUACGCAAAGGAAAGAACUUUCUAUUUUUACAGGCACUAUUUCACAAGAGUACCGAUGAGGAUGGCAAUAGUAAGAGCAACAAGAAAUUUGCUAAAAUAGUGGUGGAAUGCCGCAAAGAUGGCAUAGUCAACAAUUUGACACCCGAAAGUUUAGAUCAGCCAACCGGCACACAAAAAUGGGAGAAAUGUCGUUUGGCAUUGGUUAAAGCGGUGGGAGGUUACAUGUUGGAAUUCUAUAUGCCACCAAAGGCAGCAAAGCCUCGUUGCGGUGUUUUUUGUUUCCUAAUUUCGGAGGCUCGAGAAACGACAGCCUUGGAAAUGCCCGAUCGUGAGAAUACGUUUGUUUUAAAGGCCGACAACAAUAUGGAAUAUGUUAUAGAGGCUCAAGAUGCCGAUGAUAUGCGCAGUUGGUUGGCCACCAUACGCUAUUGUAUGCGUACACCGCCCACACAACAGCCCACAACGGAUUCCGAAGUUAUGGCAGCUGCCAUGCAAACCUCUCCGGUUAUAAUGAAUUCAAAUACCAAUAGCAUGCUAAAUGCGGUACAAAAUCCACAGUAUCAUCAACAAAAUACCAUGGGCUCAAAUGGUAAUGUGGCACCCAGUAGCUCUCUAUCCGAAAAUGCCCUCUCCACACUGCAAGCUGGCCACACAGAUAAUGCGGGCGGAGAUACACAGUGCAAUGUAGCAGGGCCUGAUGUACCACCGCGACGCGGCGAACAACGUUUAUCUUCCUCGAGUAAUAUAGAGCCGUGCGAUGGUCUUGAUCUCGAUUCCGAUCUAAAUGUCAUAGACAUCACCAAUGAAAUGCGGCAGUAUCCCUGGUUCCAUGGCACACUGCCGCGUUCUGAUGCUGCUCGCAUGGUUCUGCAAAAUGAGGCACAAGGUCACGGUUUCUUCCUAGUACGUCAGAGUGAGACCCGCAAGGGUGAAUUUGUACUCACGUUUAACUUCAAUGGACGUGCCAAACAUUUGCGCAUGACACUGUCCGACAAGGGUCAGUGUCGCGUGCAGCACUUGUGGUUCCCUUCCAUACAGGAAAUGCUGGAACAUUUUAGACACAAUCCUAUACCGCUCGAGUCGGGCGGUACAUCAGAUGUUACUCUCACCGAGUACAUACACAAUCAAGGAGUUCCUUACAAUAAUAAUCAAACGCAUGAUACCAAUAAUGGUGGCACAACGGCGUUGGAUAAUAAUGGUACAAUGACCGGCGGAACGGGAGCUUCAACAGCCAGCGUUAAUGGUACAUCACAGCAACAGCUUCAGCAGCAGCAACAAGAUCCAUCACCGAGACAUUCACAGGAUGUGAUAUCGAUGAAUUGUAGUGUACGUUUAAAAACAAAUGAAAUGGAUUUAGCAUUAUUAUUGGCAGCCGGUGUUGCAACACGUCACAAUAAUAAUCAUCAGCAACAGCAGCUAACACAGCAACAACUGCAAUCACAACAGCAUCUACAACAAACCAAUACAACGACAAUAACAUCUAACGCAACAUCCAACACAACAUCAAGCAACAACCAAAACCACAACCACAAUAAUCACACAAACAACAGCAGCAGCAACACUCAACAGCAACAUCAUCACACACAAAAUUUAAAUUCAUUCGAUCAUCAUCAAUCAACUGCGUCGACAACAAUGUUUGAACAACGUACUACACCCGUACCGAAUGCUUUGGAAAUGAUGAGGGCCUCCUCGCCCAUAACAUCCGUAAAUGAUUCCACACAAUAUCUAAGAGCUUCAAGUGUAUCGCUGCAAUCACAAGCAAACACAGGCGGUGGCAGCGGUGGCGGCGGUGGCUCUAAUCGUCAUCAGCAACAACAUCUACAAUUUAACGAUUCAACGGGUUCCACACAAAAUACCACACCCCGGGCGGUUGAUAAUCAAUAUAGUUUUGUUUAGAUCUUCAUAGCUCUGGACAUAGCCCGGUCCAUAAGUUGUGUGUAUGAAUUUUGGAAAUUCAAAAAUUGUGUAAGAAUUUUUUUUUAUAUAAAUAUAUUUUAAUGAUUUUUAUCCAUUUUCCCUUAGAUUUCUUAAAAGAAGAAACCUUAUUUACUUGUAAAUGUAUUUUGUAUACAUAAAUAGUUUAAUUUUAAUCAAGAAUUGUAUGGAAAAGAUUCUUAAAAAUUUUAAUUUUUCUUUUUAUUUGAUUUUAUUUUUAAAUUGCUAAAUUAAAAAGAUUGUAUAAAUUUUUGUUUGAGACUGUUUAUUUUAUAAGAGAAAAUACAUAUUUUUUUUUUUGUUUAUUUUUUUUUGGAAUUAAGUUUAACUUUUCCCCUUGUUAUUUAGAAUUUAGCAAAUUGAAAUUGAGCUUAAUGUAAUAAAAGAAACGGAACACAUUU